AUUGAUCCCGAAAAAUUAAUGCAAAGUGCACUAAGACAUAAAAUAGGUUUCUAGAUAUCGACAACGCUGCUUUAGGGCAAAUAGAAAUGGUUCGGUGUAUUUAUUCUGAUGCCGAGAAGAUGUAUAUUUCCAUUGUUACUUCUUUUUUUCCUCUCAGACCUACGAACUGUUGUGUGUAAAAACACAGUCUAUUAUGUGGUUGAACUGUGUUAUGGGCACUCUGAAGAAACAAAAGAAUUUUUGAGAAGUAUGUUAAUGAGCCAGCGAUUGUCAAAUAAAAUUAGCAGUUCUUUGGCGAGGUGGGAUUGAUAACGUCUUUGCCUGGAGACCAUAGACUAUGAUAAAACAUAACACUUCCAUGUUCAGAAACAAGAUUACCGUACAGGGCCGAUUUUAACACGAAGAAAUGUCUCCAUUCAGGUCGUGGUUAAGAUACAAGCAAUUUCAUCAAUAACCGUGAUGUACGCUGUCUGAAAUUUAACUGAUGCAGGUUCCAUCGAUAACAUACAGAGAAAAACCGAUUGAUGCACGGAAGAAAACAUCCUCCUUCCACAGAAAUAAAAAUUGUAGUGAGAGACUGCAGGAGGAAGGAAGUCCACGGCGAAGUUAGCAGCACAACGCUGGCUCCACGAUGCUGCCACAGUUGGCCAGGGCAGCACGCCGGAUCCUCACUUCUGCCAGCAUUCCACACAGGGUGUGGAGUGUCAGGAACGCGUCUUGUGACAAGCCGGAGAACCUGGCCGCUGUUCUCUGCGCUGUCAACGACUUACGCGUAGAAAAGAGACCUAUGCCACCAGAGCCAAAGGAAAACCAAGUGCUUAUACGCAUGGGCAGUGUUGGUAUAUGCGGCUCAGAUGUACAUUACCUGGUGCAUGGUCGAAUAGGCGACUUUGUGGUUAAGGAUCCCAUGGUACUUGGCCAUGAAUCAUCGGGCACAGUUGAAAAACUUGGGCCUUGUGUGAAGGACUUGAAAGAGGGUGACCGCGUAGCCCUUGAACCUGGCACACCGUGCAGAAUGUGUUCUUAUUGCAAAGAAGGUCGCUACCACCUCUGCCCUGACGUUAUUUUCUGUGCAACUCCGCCGGUUGACGGAACCAUGUGCCGUUACUACGUGCACACAGCAGAUUUCUGCCACAAGUUGCCAGACAAUCUGACGCUGGAGGAUGGAGCGCUGCUGGAACCGCUAUCUGUGGCUGUACACGCUUGCCGGAGAGCUAACCUGUCCUGUGGCACCAGAGUCUUAAUUGUAGGGGCAGGACCCAUUGGCCUGGCCACCAUUUGUGCAGCCAGGGCGUACGGAGCGGUCAGGAUUGUUAUCACAGAUCUGAAUACACAUCGGCUAGAGAUUGCCAAGAAACUGGGAGUGGAUGCAACUGUCAGAGUCUGUGAAGGCAUGGAAGAGACACAAAUAGCGGCCGAGGUGCAGUGUCAGCUAGGGGGACCCGCCCAUGUUACCAUCGAGUGUUGUGGCACCGAAUCUUCCAUCAAGCAGGGCUUACUGGCUACACGCUAUGGAGGCACCUUCGUUCUUGUGGGUGUGGGCACUGACAACGCACGCUUGCCUCUCACUCCCAUAUUCCAUGAAGUGAGAUUUAUUGGAUCUUUCCGUUACUCCAAUGCCUAUCCCAUAGCACUAGCCAUAAUGUCUUCUGGGAAAGCAGAUUUGAAACCAAUGAUAUCACACUGCUUUAAAUUAGAAGACGCUAAAAGAGCAUUUGAUACUGUCCAGUGCCCGAAAGAGAACCCUGUAAAAGUCAUCGUCCAGUGUAAUGAGAAAAAAUAAACAAAGCAACGCACAAUUCAGUACCUUAAAAUUCCAUGUGCUUUGUGGCAGCUUCAAAUUAGUUUAAAUUUUAGUAAAAGAAGGCACUGAAAACAAUAAAAGUGUAUGUACAGAUGUA